GACUUCUUCCUCCCUGGCGCCUAUAUUGUGUGCUGUUUCUGUCUCUAGAAUGGACAUCUCCGGGGCAGUCAGAGAUAAAACCUACCGAUAUCUGAUGGCGCAGAGCCACUCCUCUUUACCCAAUCCCUCCCCCCUUUCUGACUCUCAUGGACAGCCCUAUUACCCAGGAUUUGUGGCUACGAGGUGAUAUCAUCUGUAGCAAGGAGAUCCUUCAAGUCAGAGUCAUUGCGAAUUCCCUCCAGCUUCACAUCCAGAAUACUUUUGACAAGGCAUGCGCCGACCAAGAAUUAAUCAAAUGGGUAUUACGCGUCGAAAUGCUUUUGGAUAAAAUUCCAAGCUUGGAAGCCAAUGCUAACACCCGGAUGGAGUGGUACACAAGUAUAUACCAGCAGUUUAAGGAAGCCCUUUCGCAUACACCGCUCCGUGGUGAGCUUUCGUUGAUCAAUGCGCGGUUGCAGAAGAUUCAAGAUGGCGCGGACAGAGAAUCUGAUCAGAGAAUGAUCGACAAUCUAGCUAACGCUGGUAACAUCCCCACCUCAGGACAGUUUCCUGGCUACGCAUUUUCUGUAGAUUUUAGCAAUACUGGAGGAAGAAGCAUUUUCCUGCCAACAUCAAACUACAACACGUCGUCUUCAUCCUUGGCUGGCCCUGCCAGGGGCUUAAACCAUCAAGAUCAAGCAUGGCUGCGAGAAAGCGUUCGUAUCCGACAAGGCGGCUACACUCCGAGUCAGCCAUACAUUUACGCGAGCUUCCAUGACCAUCUCUGUAGAUGCCACAGGGAUGACGAGUCCUCCCAGACAACUCAAUACGGGAGCUACUAAUGCUCUGAUGCUCUUCCCGUUAUUAGGCCUGAAACUUGAAGAAAGGAUUAAGACUAAGUGAAUGAUGGAUGCAUUAUGAAUAAUGUUUAAUUUUGGGUCUCUUUGCCGUGGCGUUUGUGUAAUCUGUCUUCGAUGUUAC